AUGUUUUGCCUCCGAGCGGCGGGGUCCCCCGCGAAACGCGCUCUCGCUUUACUCGUCACAAAGAGAGCGCAGAAGAGGCGAAGGACUUUUUCGGUGCUUUCGUCGUCACCAAUAGCAUCGUCGUCAUCAUCAUCGUCGGUCCCUUUGAAGAAUACGGGAACAACAACAACAACAACAGAAAUUCCGAGCGAGAAACGUCCAGCUCGAGUGGAACACUGCGACCUCAAAUCGCUCUCGAACAACAAGAAGCUUUCCGAAGCGUUGCACGGUGAAAUCACAGACGUCACCGAACGGUAUUUUCAAGCGUUGAUCGAGUUUGGCGCGGUGUACAUCUCGGACGAGCUCGAGGAGGAUUUUCAGUUGGAACCGAAUACAGUUAAGCACAAAAUGAAACGAAUACGCUCGGAUGUCAUAUUACCGGCGGGUUCGAGACAUUACGUGCGGGCGCACGUGAAUCCAAGACGGUUUCUUGCGGCGGGAGAAACGCGAUGGAUGGACUGCAUUUUGAAGGAAACGGACGAUUUUGUGGUCGUGAUGAAACCUUCCGGGUUACCCGUUUCUCCUUCGGUGGACAACGCGAAGGAGAACGUGCUCCGUUGCGUUUGGUCGGCGCUGAGAGUAGGUAACGAAAAUGAUGACGAAGCGACGAAGUUGUUCCCGACGCACAGGUUAGACGUGACGACGAGUGGCGUGGUGGUUGUCGCUAAAAAUAGCAAAGCCGCCAGUAUCUUCUCGAAAAUAUUACGAGACGGUUUCGUGGAGAAGCAGUAUUUGGCGUUGACGGAAAAUCCCGCGAAAAUUGGAUUGAUGACGCACGAGUACGAACCGUCGGAACGAACGAUUGGGAAAGGCGCGAGGACGGUAAAAAUGAAGACGUUAAAAUUGUCAGAAGACGAUACCGCGUCGUAUUUGAAAAAAAAGACGCAAAUUCCUUCUAACGUGGCGAUAUUGCGCGUGGAAAAAAGUGAACCGGUCGCGGUGAAUGGAAAGACGUUUUACGAGAAUACGGUUAAACUUAUCACCGGUCGGACGCACCAGAUUCGAGCGCAAUUUUCGAAAGAGAAUUUAGCUCUGAUAAACGAUUGUUUGUACUUGAACGCUAACGAUGGUGAGACAGCUCCUCCGAGAGUUCCAGAACCGGAGGAAAAGAUUGGUUUACACGCCUUGAGCUUAAAAAUAAACGCCGAGACGUCUUUAGGUCCCAAAGGCGUCGAGUUCCGAGCCGAAAACGACAUAUGGUGGCGGUCGUCGUAA